UCCUCUCAAUCAAGUUGACAGUAUCUCGCGAAAUUUGGUGACUAACAAUUUCAAAACAAGUUGACAAACUUUGUAGUUAAAUUGACGAUACCGUUAACAAGUUGACCGUAUUUUGUUAUCAAGUUGACAGAUUCCCAAACUAGUUAAUUAACUUCAGUUGACAGAUUCCCAAACUAGUUAAUUAACUUCAGUUGACGAAUUUCCAAGAAACAACUUAGAAAGUUCUUCACAUAUAAUUGACUAACCGUACUUUGGUAAAGAAUUCUCUCUUCGAAAAUUUCAUUUCACAAGUGAAAAUCGCGCUGCUCGAGGUAAAAAAGUUCAAGAAACCACGUGAUUCCUUGAGAAAAUUUCUUCAACUUCCAAGUUGGAGAUAAAAAAUUUGAAACUACCACGUGAUUCCUCAAGACAGUUUCUUCAAUUUUCAACUGUAUACUUCUCCAGUUAUCUGUCAAAGUGAGUGUUUAAUCAUUGUCAAUUUUCAAAAUCGUGCAAUUUUACUCGCGAUAUUAGAUAUUUUCUUUGUGAUCAGUGUAGGUGAAUUUUUCAAAAAAUUCAGUGAAGUGGAAAACAACAAAAAGUGUACGAAAAAUCCGAGAUAAAUUUUGAAGGACUCUCACCGAUAUACAGAUAAUGGACGGUGUAGAAUUCCGGCAACGGGGCAAGGAGAUGGUGGACUACAUAGUCGACUACAUGAACAACGUUGGUUCGAAACGCGUCUCCCCCGACGUCAAACCCGGGUACCUGAGACCCCUGCUGCCUUCCCAAGCCCCCCAAAACCCCGAACCCUGGGACGACAUCAUGCGGGACGUUGAGAGCAAGAUUAUGCCUGGCGUGCUACACUGGAACCAUCCCCACUUCUUUGCCUACUUUGCCAGUGGCAAUUCGUACCCCACCAUUUUGGCAGACAUGUUGUCCGAUGCCCUCGCAAUGAUGGGCUUCUCAUGGGCUGCCGGCCCUGUCUGCACCGAAUUGGAAAUCAUUAUGCUCGACUGGUAUGCAAAAGCAAUCGGUCUUCCAGAAGAAUUCAUAUCAACAACAGCAGGGAGUAAAGGCGGGGGAGUUAUACAGGGUUCAGCCUCAGAAUGCAUACUAGUUACAAUGCUGGCUGCCAGACAUCAUGCCUUGGAAUAUCUGAGACAACAGGAGAAGGAAAACAUCAAAAGCAGAAGAUUAAGGAGAAGACGUCGCAGAAGAACAGAUAACGGAGACUUACUAGAAGAGGAAGAGGAAGAAGAAGAAGAGGAGGAGGAGGAGGAGGAGGAGGAGGAGGAGGAAGAGGAUGAAACAGGAGAACAGAGCAGACUCCUUCACAAGCUGGUAGUCUACUGUAGCCGAGAGGCGCACAGCUGUGUAGAAAAAGCUGCCAAAAUUUGUUUGGUAAAAAUGAGAGUUCUGGAGCCGGAUGAAAGAGGAUCGCUACGGGGAGAAACAUUAAAACAGGCAAUGGACGAAGACAGGGCAAGAGGUCUAACACCUUUCUAUGUGUCCUGCAUCAUUGGAUCAACUGCAUCCUGCACAUUUGACAACCUUGAGGAGAUUGGAGCUGUCUGUCGGAAUCAGGAAAUUGACUCGAGUCAGACUCAAGUCAAGUUCCACAGUCAGAACCAGACUGGAAUCAAGUGCCAGAGUCAAAAUACAGCCAAGUCUAAAAGCAGCCAAGAUUGCCAGAGUCACACUCCAGAGAUCAGAGUUAACUGUGAAAGUUGCCAAAAUCAGAUGAACGGCAUCUCAAGUCAGAAUCUAAUCAAUUAUUGUAGCCAAGAAAUUGGAGACAUGUGUCCAAGCAAGCAAAAUGGGAUGCUUAGUGAAGUAAAUGAAGUCAGUUGUCAGAGUGAAGAAAGAGGGAAGAAUCAACAAGAAAUGAAGAGUCAGGUGAAUGGAAUUUCAAGUGAGAGUGAAAACAUGGGAGGCAACUGCCCAGAUUGUCCAAAUCAAGAAACCAGAGUUCUAGUGAAUGGAAUUGCAAGUGAGGAACAAGACAUCAGCAACUGCCCAAAUUGUCAGAGUCAAGUAACCAGAGGUCAAGUGAAUGGAAUCUCAAGUCAGGAUCAAGAUACGAGUGACAGCUGUCCAUGUUGUCAGGAUGAGGGAACCAAACUCAACUACCCAAAUCAUCACACCGGAAUAAUCAGUCCAAAUCAACCCCAAAUCAACAAUCACUCCAAAUCAGCAACCAGUCCAAAUCAGUCCCAAAUCAAGGCCAAAUAUCAAGAAAGUGCAAAAAAUUGCAAAAGUUGCCUAGUGAAUGGAAUCUCAGGUCAAAAUCAAUCAAGAUACAAUGAUUGCCAAAGUCAGAUGAAUGGAAUUGAAAGUCAGAACCAAUUCAAAUAUCCAAGACAGAAUCAAUCAGGUGGAUCAAAUUGCCAGAAUCAUUCGACUGGAGGAAUCACAAGUCAGACUCAUCAACAAAGGAGUCCAAAUCGAUCAGGUGGAUCAAAUUGCUUGAAUCAUUCGACUGGAGGAAUCGCGAGUCAGACUCAAGGACAUAAAACUGGUCCUCCGGUCUGGAUGCAUGUGGACUGUGCCUAUGCUGGAAGUGCCUUCCUGUGCCCUGAGCUGAGACCACUGAUGGCAGGCAUUGAAUAUGCUGACUCAGUCAAUACCAACCCCAACAAGUGGAUGCUCACAUGUUUUGACUGUUCCUGUCUGUGGGUCAAGGAUAAGCUGCGCCUAACCCGCGGCAUGGACGUGAACCCCAUCUACCUGCAGCAUGACUACGAUGAUCAGCUGAUCGACUUCCGGCACUGGCAGAUUCCGCUGAGUCGGCGCUUUCGCUCACUCAAACUGUUCUUCCUGUUUCGCAGCUACGGCAUUCAGGGCCUACAGAACUACAUUCGCAACCACAUACAACUGGCCAAGUACUUCGAGAGCCUUGUGUUGAAGGAUGCCCGCUUCGAGAUUUGCAAUGAAGUCAAGUUGGGACUAGUCUGCUUUCGACUGAAGGGCCCUGACCUAUGGACUCAGGAGCUAUUGGCCAAAAUAAACGCCUCGGGUCGCAUCCACAUGAUUCCCGGCGUGCGUCGAAAACGCUACUUCAUCCGAUUUGCAGUCACAUACGAACAUGCCAAGGAAGAGCACAUACGCUACGCAUGGAAAGUGACAUCCCACUACGCUGACACCGUUUUAGAGAAGAUGACAACCCCGGUUGCGGCCACACAAGGCGUUCACACCACGCCACGGCCCCGCCUCUCCUCACGCCAGCACUCGUUCACACGAGGCGUUUCGCGUGACGUCUACAAGGCGCGGUCAACCAGCCUCUAUGACGGCGUCAGUCCGAUUCCAGUGGUGGAUGACAAUGAUGAUGACUUGAAUAACAAUGUAUUUGAGGAGGCGUUUGCUGCGAAAAGUGUUUAGAAAAAAGGGAUAAAAGUGUCUGAAACGAGGGAAAAAGUGUCUAAAAUGGGGGAAACAGUUGUAUGAAAUGAGGGGGAAAAGUGUCUAGAAUGAAGGGGAAAAAUGUCUAGAAUGAGGGGAAAAAAGUGUCAAAAAUCGGGGGAAAAGUAUCUGAAAUGAGGGGGAAAAGUGUCUGAAAUGAGGGAAAAAAGUGUAUGAAAUGAGGGGAAAAAAGUGUCUGAAAUAAGGGGAAAAGUAUGUAAAAUGAGGAAAGAAAAGUGUCUAAAAUAAAGGGGAGAAACGUAUCUAAAAUAUGGAGAGAAAAUGUCUAAAAUUAGGGGAAAAAGAGGGAAUGUUCCUAUAAAAUCUGCUGAGCAGACUCCUAUGUUAUUUAUUUUGAUUACUAUUUAUGCUUUGAAAGCAGCUUCAUUUCAUUUUGUAUUUAGUCUUAAAAAUUAGCUUAGCCUCGUUUUGUAUUAUUUCAGCUUAAUUUUGUUACAUUUAUGUUAUACUAAUCAUUGUAUAAUUUAUAUAAUCCACUUUCGCAUAUUAUAUAGGCUAAUUUUGUUCCAGUUUUUAUUGACAAUCUUUAUUGGAUUACAUUGAAUGUUCUUAUUUUUUGCUGAGGGUGAUGAGCACCACAUGAGCACAAGGCUUGUGCGUGGGUAAUUGAAGUAGUUAAUGUGGAUCUAAAAAUUAAAUGACAGAUUGAUUGAUUAAAUGGGAGAUUAGUAUAAAUUAUGAUCAUAAUUAAAGUAAGAUUAGGAUGAUUAUAUAUCAAGUAGUUGAUGAGAAUCUAGAAAUUUAAUGAGAGAUUGUAUGAUUGAAUGAGAGAUUAGAUUAUUUAAUGAUCAAAAUUGUAUAAUGAAUGAUUGUAAAUCGAAUUUUAAUUUUUUUCACUUUUUGUGUAGUUGAGAAGUUGAUAUUGUGGUAAUUAUUCAUAUUGAAUGAAAAAGACUAAGAAAUUGUCAAAAAAAAACACUGAUUUAUUGAUAAUUAGAAAGACCGGUUUCGGUUAUUACACCAUUGUCAAUCUCUGAUAAACAGAAGAGUGUCUGAAUGAGUGUUUGAGUGAUUGUUUAUCAGAGAUUGACAAUGGUGUAAUAACCGAAACCGGUCUUUCUAAUUAUCAAUAAAUCAGUGGUUUUUUGACAAUUUCUUAGUCUUUUUCAUUCAAUAUGAAUUUUAAUUAUUAAAAUUGAAUGAGAGAUGGAUGAUCCUACAGCUUUAGGUGGGUUCCAAAGCAUUGGGAAGCGAGUUUAAUGUGGGAUAUAGUUGACAAAAUUUCACUAUUAUUAUAAAGAUUGUCCUAUUUUCUCCUCAAAUUAUUUUCGUUAGGUACGCCUGACAAAUUAACAUAAUAUAUAACUAAGUUCUCAUUCAUCAAGUACUUUAAAUUAAUGCCAAUUUAUGUACAUAGUAAUUCUUUCAAAACUUUUAAUUUGAUCUAAAAAGUGUAUUCCACUCUAUUUUAAUUCAUUUUAACAAUUAUCAUUUAUUUAUUCAUUCUAUGCAUACAUGUCACUGAUGGUAUCAUUUAGUAAUUCACGUCUUAGAACUAAUAAUUAAUAAUCCAAUAUAUUUAUACUGGAAAUUUGUUUUGUAUUCAUAUAACAAGCUAUAAACUUAUAAAAAAAUGUAUACUUUCAACAUUUUUGAAAAUGUUUUUGAUAUGUAUCAUCACAGAAGUAUUAGAUAGUAGUAAGCUACUACGGUAGUAAUAUGAGCUUAUUAUCUUAUAAGAAAUAGAGGAUAUAAAGUAAUAAUAUAAGGAUAUAAAUUUAUAAUAUAAGAGGAUGAAAAAUAAUUUAUUUAUGAUAAAUGUGAGUGUGUUUUUUAUUUAUUUAAUAAAGUACGAUUAGUUUCGUUCAAC